UUAAUUAUUUUAUUUUUAUAUAAAAAAGAAACCAAAUCGCAAACAAGGAACGAGAAAUCUCUCUGUUUCUGAUCGUGUUCCUCUUCUUCUGAACAAAUCUCUCGGUCUUCAUUUUCCUCUGCAGAGAGUUCCUCCCUCUCUCUCCCCCCCUUCUCUCAGGACUGUUGGGAUGUUUUUCUGCAACAACCUCCGUGAAAGCAAACGAACGAAAACACCCUGUUGAUUGAUAUUGUUGUGUAUAAAGGGUUAGGAAUGUUGUUCAUUGUUAUUUCGUCAUCAAUACAGUCUAAUUUGUGUAUGGAUGCUUUUGUCAAAUGUACAAGUGAAUAACGUUUGACAGAGUGGGUUGCUAUAUUUGUUAUGGUGUUUCGUCUUGUUGGAGAAUUCAAAUAACUGUUUAUCCAAGAAGUACCAAGUUUUCGGAUGGGUAAUAAACUUGGGAGGAGGAGACAAGUGGUAGAUGAAAAAUAUACUAGGCCACAAGGCCUGUAUAAUCAUAAAGAUGUGGAUCAUAAGAAGCUGAGAAAACUAAUACUCGAAUCAAAGCUUGCGCCCUGCUAUCCUGGAGAUGAAGAGUCUACUCAUGAUCUUGAAGAGUGCCCGAUUUGCUUUCUGUAUUAUCCAAGUCUAAACCGUUCAAGAUGCUGCAUGAAGAGCAUCUGCACAGAGUGCUUUUUGCAGAUGAAAGUUCCUAAUUCAACUCGGCCUACACAAUGUCCCUUCUGCAAAACAGCAAAUUAUGCUGUUGAGUACCGUGGUGUGAAAUCAAAGGAAGAGAAGGGGUUGGAACAGAUUGAAGAACAGCGUGUCAUAGAGGCAAAAAUUAGAAUGCACCAGCAGGAACUGAAGGAUGAAGAGGAGAGAAUAAAUAAAAGACAAGAAAUAAGCUCUUCAAAUGAAAAUGCGGCUCCCAUGGACGUUGAAUACAGCUCAAAUGCAGCGGCUGGAUCUUCAAUAUCUCUUGUUGAAGGUGAGGAAAUCAUUGCUUCACAAGAUUCUUGUGCCGCCCCAAUUGUUAGACCACCACCAGCUGCUAGGGCCAAUAGGGAUGAUGAAUUUGAUAUUGAUCUCGAGGACAUAAUGGUCAUGGAAGCAAUCUGGCUUUCCAUCCAGGAAAAUGGCAGGCAGAGAAACUUAUAUCCUCCUUAUGCUCCUUCUAGACAAUACAUAACUGAUGAUUACUAUGUUUCACCUGCACUGGGUCCACAGAAUGGAUCAUCAUCAUCCCCAUCCGGUGGCCUUGCCUGUGCCAUUGCUGCACUUGCAGAACGUCAGCAAGUUGGGGGUGAAUCAUCUAUGAGCUCCAUAAAUGGAAAUACACCAUCUUUCAACAUGCCACAAGAAGCCAGCGGCUUAUAUAGCAGGCUGGAUAGAGACUCGGUUAAUUAUCUGCCUGCAGACAACUUGCAUGAGAUUCCACCGAAUGAAACUAUGGUCAUGACUAGGGGUCAUGGUGAAUGGGGGAUGGGUCAUGUUGCACAGGUGGCUGGGGCAGCAAUCGGCUAUGGAGGCUCUGUUGCUACAGAAGAUAGCAGUAGCAUUUCCAGCCUUUCUUUACGACAGCUUGACGACACUGAUGGAAGCAUUGCAAACGCCACAGACCCCAUAGUUCCGGAGAGUUUUGAGGAGCAGAUGAUGCUAGCCAUGGCUGUUUCAUUAGCAGAGGCACGAGCCGUGUCAAGUGGGCAGGGUUCUUCUUGGCAGUAGAUUUUGUUCAUGGGAUUGUUUGUUUGGUUUUUGUGCUAUAAAUAGAAAAUGCUGGCCAUAUCUGUUUGGCUAGUGGAAGCUGGGGUUGAGAGUUUGAGCGAAGUUCAAGGUGGCUGUGCAAUUUAUUGGAGGAUCAUUUAGUGAUCCUCCCACACGUAUAUAGAGAUCAAAUGAAAUGAGAUGAUUCCAGUUAUAGGUGCUUAAUGCCUUUUUCUAUAA